CUAACCUAAGCCAGCAGCUAACACAGACACUCAGGAUGCCGAAGCAUCCAUCUGCAGAAAUGUCUUCAGAAAAUAAAGAACGACGUGACCACAAGGACUCGGUUGAAGAAAAUGACCAAAACAGUCCUCCAUCCAGGAUCCAUCUGGAGCUUGAAAUGACUUCUAGAACUGACUUCCAGCAAUCUGAGGUCAAUGGCCAAUAUAGACCUCAUCCUAGGAUCCACUUGGAGCCUCAAGAGAAAUCAGAUACAUCUUGCAGUCAGUUUGUCAUCAGGAAAAUACAGAAGAGUUGCCAGUGCAAUGCCUCCAAAGCCAAGAAAUCCAUUUUGGGUUUCUUUCCUGUUUUGCAGUGGCUUCCAAAAUACAAUUUAAAGAACAACAUCAUAGGGGAUGUCAUGUCUGGCCUGAUUGUGGGUAUUUUAUUGGUGCCCCAAUCCAUUGCAUAUUCCCUCUUGGCUGGCCAACAACCUGUCUACGGUCUGUACACAUCCUUUUUUGCCAGCAUCAUUUAUUUUCUGUUAGGUACCUCCCGUCACAUCUCUGUGGGCAUUUUUGGAAUACUGUGCCUUAUGAUUGGUGAGGUAGUUGAGCGAGAACUGCACAAAGCUGGCUAUGACACUGCCCAGACUCCUGCUCUGUUAGAAAUGGUUUCAAAUGGAAGCACAAUGAACAAGAUAUCAGAUGAGAUAUGUGACAAAAAUUGCUAUGCAAUUACAGUUGGCACCACGGUAACAUUUAUGGCUGGAGUUUAUCAGGUAGUAAUGGGCCUCUUUCAAGUGGGCUUUAUUUCCGUCUACCUCUCAGAUGCUCUGCUGAGUGGGUUUGUCACUGGUGCCUCCUUUACAAUCCUCACAUCGCAGGCCAAGUAUCUCCUUGGGCUCAAAAUUCCUCGGAGUAGUGGUGUGGGUUCAUUGAUCAUGACGUGGAUACAUAUCUUCCGAAACAUCCACAAGACCAACAUCUGUGAUCUCAUCACCAGCCUUGUGUGCCUUCUGGUUCUUGUGCCAACCAAAGAACUCAACGAUCACUUCAAGUCAAAGCUCAAGGCCCCGAUUCCUACCGAGCUCAUCGUCGUGGUGGGUGCCACGCUGGCCUCUCAUUAUGGUGAACUCAACGAGAGAUACAACAGCAGCAUUUCCGGGCACAUUCCCACAGGAUUCAUGCCACCCAAGGCGCCGGACUGGAGCUUAAUUCCCAGCGUGGCCGCGGACGCCGUGGCUAUUUCUAUCAUUGGCUUUGCCAUUACGGUGUCGCUCUCCGAGAUGUUUGCCAAGAAGCACGGCUACACGGUGAGAGCAAAUCAGGAAAUGUUCGCCAUAGGCUUCUGCAACAUCAUCCCGUCCUUCUUCCACUGCUUCACAACCAGCGCGGCUCUGGCCAAGACCCUGGUCAAGGAAUCGACCGGCUGCCAGACUCAGCUCUCAGGUGUGGUGACGGCCCUGGUCCUGCUGCUGGUGCUCCUGGUGAUAGCUCCUCUGUUUUAUUCCCUUCAGAAAUGUGUCCUCGGCGUGAUCACGAUUGUGAACAUCCGGGGCGCUCUGCUCAAGUUCCGGGAUCUGCCCAAGAUGUGGCGCGUGAGCAGAAUGGACACGGUGAUCUGGUUCGUGACGAUGCUCUCCUCUGCACUGCUGAGCACGGAACUAGGCCUGCUCACAGGGGUCUGUUUUUCCAUGUUUUGUGUCAUUCUCCGCACCCAGAAGCCAAAGGCUUCAUUGCUUGGCUGGGUGGAGGAGUCAGAAAUCUUCGAAUCCAUGUCUGCUUAUAAGAAUCUCCAGACGAAGCCAGGGAUCAAGAUCUUUCGCUUUGAAGCCCCUCUCUACUACAUAAACAAAGAACAUUUUAAAUCUGUUUUAUACUCAAAAACUCUCAACCCAGUCUUGGUCAAGGCGGCUCAAAAGAAAUUAGCGAAGAGAAAGAUGAAACAGGAAACGGUAACUCGCAGUGUCCACCAUGAUGAAGUUUCUAUGCACCUUUCCCUUGACCCCUUGGAGCUCCAUACCAUAGUGAUUGACUGCAGUGCAGUGCAGUUUGUCGAUACGGCAGGAAUCUCGGCACUGAAAGAGGUUCGCAGAGAUUAUGAGGCCAUUGGCAUCCAGGUUCUGCUGGCUCAGUGCAAUGCCUCGACAAAGGAUUCCUUGGUCCAUGGAGAGUAUUGCAAAAAAGAAGAGGAAGAAACCCUUCUCUUCUACAGCGUUUAUGAAGCAGUGACUUUUGCAGAAGAGUCUCAGAAUCAGAAAGAAAUUUGUGUGUCUAAUGGUCUGAAUCUUUCCAAUGAUUGA